AAAUUUUCGAGCCUUCGAGCCUGCGAACCGCACUGCGAACCUGGAGCAUUGUGAUAUCGACGACCUGCUGGAGCUGCCUGUCUGGACUACGGAAAGCCCAGCGACCCGGCGAUCUCUCAAUCAGGACGAAGCGAUUAGGCUUGCCGUGCCGGGCCGGCCAUUUCCAAGUUCGCAACCUCUGUCCUCCGCCCUCCCUGCCACAAUGGCCAUGGCCGCGUCGGCGGCGCUGCGGCCCUCAAUGGCCCCCCUAGGCAGGAUAUCGGCAGCCGCAGCAGCAGCAGCAGCGACAGUAACAGCAGCGCCGGGCCGCACACAAACUGCCGCCUUCUCCACCUCGGCCGUGCUCCUCAAGCGCCACAGAUACCCCGGCGCGCGCUCCAACAAGGACUACAGCAAGAAGCGCGGCGAGUCUGCACUCCGGCGCACCGGCACGCGCUGGCGGCUCUCCGUGUCGGACGAGCCGCUGCCGCGGCCCGUGCCGCGCGACCAGCUGCCGGCCAUCGAGACGGACCCUGACCACGGCCUGUGGGAGUUCUUCCCGGACCACAGGACCGUCGCGGCCGCGCCCGAGGAGGACGCCAAGCACGGCCGCAGCUGGUCGGUCGAGGAGCUGCGCCACAAGAGCUGGGAGGACCUGCACCGCCUGUGGUGGGUGUGCGUCAAGGAGCGCAACCGCAUCGCCACGGGCAACUGGGAGCGGAACAAGAGCAAGCUCGGCUUCGGCGAGGCCGAGGCGCUGGGGAGGGACCGCGAGGUCCGGGCUACGAUGCGCGCUAUCAAGCACACCCUGACGGAACGCUUCUACGCCUGGGAAGACGCCGUCAAGCUGGCCAAAGACGACCCCGAGGUGAACCUCUCUGGUGACGGGCCGGCGUUUACGCCGAGCCACUUCCUCGAGGGAGAGGAAGAGGCGGCGGUGGCGCCGGCGGAGGAGAAGGAAGGAGAGCAGCAUGCCGCUGAGGGAGCGGAGGAGACGGCAGAGAAGACGGCGCCGGCGGCGGUAGCUGCUGCUGACCCGGCGACGAUACCGGCAUCCAAGCCGCAGGCUGAAGCCCCGAGGUUAUGAGCGACAGGGGAGAACCGGAGCGACUGAACCGGCAUUGUAUUCUCUUGAAGGCUGUCUGUCUGUCUUGGGCAGCAACAUCGGCACUGGCGCGAGACUGGAUGCAUGCCCGUGUAUCAUCAUACCUACCUUGCCUCUGCUACGGCAUCUUCUGUACAGAUAGUGUAAAUUGUUGAGCAUCCUGGUUGGGCGUGUACCUGGGUCCUUGUCCUGCCCGUCAACCGAGAUGGCGCUGUGCCCGUGACAGUUAGCAUGAGCGGCGAGCUUAAUAUCAGAAUAUCAAAAUACGCAGCGAGUUGCUCGAGCA